UUUAGCACCAAUUAUACGGUAUGACAAGAUGCAUUUGUGAUACUUAAAUGCACAUGUCCCGCAGAUUAAACUUCGUGACCUGAUUCUAUAAGCCAACCUCAAAUUUCCUCUACACACUUAUCUACCACUCACUAUGUCUGGUCCUGUUCCAGUCAUACUGGCUGGCGCCGUGCGCGCGGUAGCCACGAAAGUGAAAGCAAACCUACUACCGGAGUAUGAUGCCGUCUAUGCCAGCCAUGAUCUUGCAUCCGCCCAGCGCGAAAUUCCCCUCAUCAUCUCUGGCACCCUUCCAUCAUCACCAUCGCUCCAUAGUCAGCUUGGUUCGAACGACUUCACGAAGCCGCCGCGUGCAAUAAUCCUUGGUGGGGCUUGGAGCGAUCAAGCGUUUCAGGAUCUCAAGGAUGCAUGCGCACAGGCUUGCGAUUCCAGAGACAAAGUGCCCGUCCCGUUUUUCAGGGCAGAUAACAAGCUCACACAACAGCUUUGGGCCGAGAAGAAGGGUCCAGCGCAAACGUCACACGACUAUGCAGAAGCGAUUGCGUCGAGAUUGAAGGCUAAGCUGAGAGAGGUGGGCAUUGCUCCUGAUAUCCAGGAAGACGGUUCUAAGCAUGGAAGAGCAAGUUUCUGCUUCUAACGUCCUUCUUGAUUUAUUUCGGGUUUCAAAAGCGCUCGGUAGGGUGUGAAGGUAUUUUAUGCAGCUGGUCGAGGCCUUCAUGCUUGAAGGAAAAGAAAUUGACGAAUUAUCUUGGUUGUUUUCGUGAGGACUGAGGCGUUAGGAAUAAAUCUCAUCUUCGACCGAGUAGAUUCAAUUGUGUUGAUGUCCGUAGUUCCCCAGGGACACCGUUGGUAACAUUGACGGCAUAUUUCAAAACGAUGUAAGAGACAUAUGGUAACAUUCCUCCUGUGAACUAAUCUGGACAUAUUUUAAGAUCUGUGUCUAUUAUAAGUCUUAUCCAAAGUCAUGAAGUGCUUGCGAUGCAGUGCAGCCGAAAGCUGUGCC